GGGAUCUAGCGCCCCCUACCUAUCACUGGGUUGAUGAAUGUCCUAGAGCUAUGGCAAGUGACCUGAGAGACUGCUCGUCAUGUCUGUGUCCUUUUGAGUCUGCUCUAACAAUGGCAUUGUUGUUCUCAUCCACGGGAGAGGCCCGAGAAAAUUAUGUUCUGAAUAAGUGGCACUCGGGGUUUCAAGCUCUUCUUCACUGUCACUGAAAAUUCCGCUACAUCCUCGCCCUAUGGUGUACAUUACUCACACUGUUACGCCCUCCUUUGUCUCGUUACGCGCCAUUGGAAACAAGGAAGUUUCUAGCUCUGACAUUUAGGUACAGUGAGUAAUGAAUGUAGGAGAGUCGUAAUAGCUUUUUGCGACAAACUAAUCAAAAUGAAGUUUCAGUCGGGAAGAAACAAAAUGCAAUGGUUCGUGUUAGGAAGGAGGAAGGGAGAUAACUUGACAAGGAUGGGUAGUCAAGGGCAAAGGAAAGAAGCAAGGAGAUUAUGACAAUGAAGCAAAGUGCAAAUGCUCAAAGGUACAUUAUGGGGAGAUUAAAGAUGUGCUUGUGAAUAUUUGUUUUUGAUUAUUUAUUUCUGGCAUCAUCUGACUCCCACCCACCCACCCCCCCCCCAAAAAAAAAGAAAACAAACAAACAAACAAAAACAAAAAACAAACAAACAAACAAACAAACAAAAACAACACACUCAAACGCACACUAACCCACAUGCCGAUGGAGUGAGAGUGGAGAGAAGCGGGUAGCUGUUGGAAAUGGGGCACCGGACUCCCUUAAAGGCUUGGGGAAAAACUAAAGCAGCAAUGGCGAGAUGAAAUGGAGCAUAAGAAUGGCUGGCCAGGAGAAAGAUGUUGUCUCUAACACCUCACUUCACCACCCACCCCACCCUGCACGAAGGAGAGCAAGUCAGUCCGCCACAUGUGUCUACGCUAUUGUCUCAGCCGUUAUUAUUAAGGCGGAGGGGUGUGCGUGUCAUGUGUGUGUGUGGAAGAGUGCACGCCGGUGUGUAUGCAAAUGUGUGUGAAAGUGGUAGCGCGCGCGCGCGUGUGUGUCUGUACGUGCGUGCAUCAUGGGGUGCAUGCUUUAAUCUGUAUUUGUCUGUAGGGUGUGUGGGUGAUGGGGUGGGUGGAGUAAUUGCGACCUUGUCGACUUUCGCUCAUCUCGCGGAGCGGAACGUGGCGUGAAGCCUUUUCAUCUUCCGCGUGCGCCAGUUCUACAUAUCUACUGUCCUAGCGCCGGUCUAAACUCUUUGCACCUUCCUUCACACCAGACGACUGCACAACGACACCCAGAGAAGGUGGUCGCCACCUCAGUCAUCAGGCCUUCUCUUGGAUACUUCAGAGAUUGUGCGACCAUUCUGAGAACACAAAAGAAGCAAAUUAGAGAAAAAAAAGUCCUCAUCCUAAAAGCGAUAAAUUUCCAGAGAGGAUUCUUGUGUCUUGUGUAAUUGGACUUCUGUGCGAAUGUCCAGUAAAUCAGAAUACACGUUGCAUUGUGUAAGCUAAAGGACUCGGAUGGAUACAUCAUUAAGACAGCGCAUGAAGAAACAUCUGGACGGAAACAAAGUGCAGAAUGUGCUACACUCUAUGAAGAGAUAAUUAUAUUUACCAGAUAAUACGAUUUCUCCUUGAAAAUUAACAGGAAAUAAACUACUGGAGAACAUUACUCUCUGUUAAUAUCAUCCCAACAGAAAUUAGAUGGGCGACAAUGGUAAAAAAGUGAAUAGCUGCAAAAUAUUACUGAAAAAGUUCAGCUGGACUGAAGCGUUACUAAAAGGUUGAAAGUUGUUUUAUUGAAAUGUGUUUGUACUAAACUCAAAGCAAGAGAAACCUUACUGACAUACAAGAGAUACCUUAUCAGCGCAGUAAGUUACUAAGUGGAAGUAAUAUGUAGAAAGAGGAAACUAUCAGGCUGAAUGUGGAAACAUUGAGAUUUAUUGAAUGAAAAAACCUCAGUUGAGAGGCGUUAAGAAACACGUGUGGAUGAAAGAUGGACAGCCACAGGUAGAAGGAAGGUUGGCGGGAAAAGGGGGGAUAAUUGUCAACUGCAGGAAGGUGACUAUAUAAGGAGGGUCAACAGUUCUACUGUGGUGCAAUUGUGUAUACAGCUACCAUGUCUUCUUUAAUCUACUUCAGGGAUUUAUUGGUGACAGCAAUUUUUAUCCUGGGAAUUUCUUUGAACGCAGUGCAAGCUGCCUAUAACUGCAACCGCCCAGGAUCCAAAUGCGCUCACGGCACGUGUGAUUUCAAAAACGAGUGCACGUGCUUACGUGGAUACACCGGUUUCAUGUGUGACCUGGAAACAUCUCGUCAGGCCUCAAGUUGUCCUGACAAUGUCCCGUGCAAGUCAGGCCGAUGUAUCCAGGACACAAAAGGCACCAUCACUGGCUGUCACUGCGAUCAUGAUUACUAUGGUGCCGCCUGCACAAAGCCCAGAUAUACACUAGAGUGCUUCUACGACCGGAUGCUUAUGGGCUUAAACCCAAUAGGGUUCAAAGGUCAUAUCCGUUACAUUGACAGACUCACGAGCUCCUCGUGUGACUUCAAGCCAAUUUCAGAACUGAAGGCUGCUGGGAUUGCUGAUUUUGGUGGUGUCGAUUGGGAAGGUUAUGGUGGCAUGGCUCUUCAUAAGAAAGAUCCAUGUAGUGGGGAUGCUACUUAUUCUUCAACGCAUGGAUUUGAUGUGUACACCCGCAAACUGGUGGUGCAGUACUAUGACCGGGUGUAUGUCAACCUGGACGAGAUCGUGACGAUGAUCUGUGCCGUGGAGAAGAACAACCCUGUCAAUGUCAUGAAGAGUGUCUUCACGGCGCCUCUCGAAGACGGGUUCUUGGACAAACCCCAGGUACGAGGUGUGGGCAACCAUUUUGUGUUCUCGCUGCAUAAGUCUGCUGAUGAUGCUCAGAUCACAGACGGCGAGACGCUGGGAGUCGGCGCUCUGGUCUUCCUGAAAGUAAAGAUCAGAGAGCACAGCCCAUUUUCUACGCUCAUCAUUGAAAGCUGUACUGCUGACGAUGGGAACGGAACGAACCAGACUUCCUAUACUUUCCACGAGCAAGGGUGUCCAGUGGAACCAGUUGGACAGUGGAUAAUGAAACCCAAUGCUAAAGAGUUUCAGCUUUACUUCAAAAUUUUUCGGUUUGAAGCAACGAACCAGCUGAGAAUCACGUGUGUUGUGAAAGGUUGUAGCAGCUGGGACUCGCCAUCCUGCAGUAUUAAUACCCCGAGUCAGUGUAGCCACGUCGACAGACGACGAAGACGAUCGAUAGAGAGGACUGAUGAGGAUCCGGUAGAUGCGAUACGUAGCCGACGAAAAAGUCUUCGACACACGAGGGCGGCUGUCGCCAGUGCAGCGCCGGAGAGUAAGAAAGGGAUCGUGCUGCCGGAGAAAAAGGAAGACGAGUCUGUCAAGAAUCUCAACUCCAGUGAAGUGAUCAGACUGACAGUGGUCAUAACAGACAAGAAGAAGCACGAGCAAAGCGGCGUGGUGAUCCGUGAAGUCAGCGCCCCGUCCUUUCAGGCCUGCACGCUGUCCUUCGAGUUCUGGACGCUCAUGAUCGGCAUGGCAGUCGUCAUCGUUGCUCUCACGGCAACGACUGUGUCAUGCGCACUGAAGCAGAAGAAGCUCAAGGCACGCCGCAAGCGGAAGGACAAGAAGGCCAUCAAGGUGGCGCUCAACAGCAUAAAAAAGAUGCACAUGUCAUCGUUACCAUGGUCUUACUAUUGAAACUCUGCAUUAAAAUGUCUUUCCUCCCUCUUGCCCGCACAUGUCAGGGGUCUGCAUGGACACUUGGCGCAUGCGGUGUCCUUCUGGUGCUUUAUGAUGAAAUCUCUGAGGCAGUCUCCACACGUUUUGCAGUCAAGUGUUUAAUCGAAUUUUAGUGAAAGCUGCCAGAAAAAUAGCAGCUUUCGUAGACAUAUAGUUCUCAACAACUCUUCGUGAAUGUUAACAUUGAUAAAAUUGUUACCUUUAGUACAACACACUCAUAAUAAUGUGUUGAACUAAUGUUAGUUGCAUACUUUCACAAGGUCUCUCAUCGCGUAGAACCGUAGAUCGUACAACAGCUUUUAGUCAGAUUUGCCUCAGGUAAACACAAACCAUUUGGCAUUCAUUGGGAGUCUGAAAACGCGUAAGUUUGGGUCGAAAGUCUCAUUUUGUAACUGGGCAUGAAAGGAUAUAUUUAUCAUUUUUAUCAAAGUUCAGAGACAUUCUUUUUAUACACAUAAAAUAUCUACAUCAGGGAUAAAUGUCACGACAAUAUUAAGAAAUGUUGCUGUGUAUCUCCUCUACUACUGAUCGGUGAGCCCUCCAAUAUUUUUUUUAUUCGGGACUAAAAACCCCAACAAUUAAAAAAAAUUGUUUUAUUCAAAAAGCCCAAUAUUCAACAUGUACAUAUCACUAACACAUCCUUCAAAGACAUUUUUUUUCAUUUUUAAAAACAUUCAUCUGGUACGAAAGGAGAAACAAGAGUAGACGUGGAGGUAGGAAAAAGAGAGACGCAGAGAAAGAGUGAGAAGAUAGAACUAGUAAGCUUCUACUAUUUGUGCUUAUAUUAAUAGUUGAUUGUAUGGAUUCCACAGCAACUUACACAGGUCUAACAUAUUACUUAAUAUACUAUAUCUUUCUUUGAUAUAUGUGUAUUUCAUAAUCCUCAGAAGAAAAAAAAAAAAUGACUAGAAGGUAUAUUGUUUUUCCAUUUUGCAGCCUCAACAAUUUUAACCAAGCGUAUGAAGCCCUUGACAUUUUAUGGACGGGAAACUAUGAUUUUAUAACUACCCACAUAUCUGUUAUACGUUUUAUUAGCAUCUGCUUGACGUUAGCGAUUAUAUUGUAUGUUGUGGGGAGCGGAUAGCCGAGUGGUUAAAGUACUGGCGUCCGAGACGCACCAGUUCACAGCUCACUUCCCCCACCCGACCCAGCUGGCGGGAAAGGGUACCUCACUCCAAAGAGGGUUGGGGAAUUGGAGAUUGGUACCGCCUUCAAGUAAAGAUGGCCCGGAGAAGUAAGUUCUCCAACCUCACUCCCCAACGGCCUGAAAAAUGUCAUGGGAGGACCUUUACGUUCUUACUUAGGAGUUAUAUGCAAUCAAAGCAAAUAAAUUAGUAAAAAAAAGAUAAUAGUUGAUGUAAAUUAUUCAGCAAAUGCCAGGCCGAUGCAAAUGCAUCACGCACACACACAUACUCUCCCACACACAUACACAGCAUUCAAAACUGUUGCAUAUAUUAUUUACAAUUUCUUACCCCCACCCCCGAAAAAAAAAAGAGUUGAGACUGGAUGGCAUAUGUUUGAGGUCUAUUUCACGAUCAUUAUAAGUAGUUUCAAGAUAAUUGGAUCGGAAUGACAGCAUUUCUUCUGUUUGAGAAAAUAUGCUUCAUAUCUUCAUAAACUAACAUGAAAAUCGCUAAUAGCUUUCAUAUUUAACCUUAAAUACAUUUUGCAAUUUUUUUUUAACAUUCUUUCAUCAUUUACAAGACACACGUAAAAACAUGAAUUUGUGACAAGUGUCUACAUCAUUCUAAACCAGUCAAAUAAUGAGAGUCAUAUUCUGACCUCUGAUGUCAUUAAUAGUCUUGAAAUAAUACUAAGAUACAGACACCUGAUGGCCUUUAGCAUCAGACUAAAGUUGUAGAAGAUAUCUUUUCGCUGUAAGAAAAUGCUAUCCAUGUUAAUGCAUUGCUAUGAAUAUCCUGUGUGCACAUAAUAAUAAAUGCAGAAUAUAGCACCAAAUAAUAAUAAAUGCAAAAUACAGCAUCAGAUGAUGGUGUACAUGUAUUGCAUUUUUGUCUUUGCAUCUGGAACUCUUGAACAAUGUCAUGUGUGUAGUAAAGUUUAAGGCUGAACUUAAGUAUCAACUUGCUGGCUUAAUUUCUUUUUUUUUAUUUUGUCCUUAUUUGAGUGUACCAUUUGUAUAUCAACGUGUAAUAAAUAUGAUAAGGGUUUAUUACAGAGUACUUGUACUAAUAAGCUGGUCAGUCAAGUAAAACUUGAUCAACUCUUUCAAUUUUCAGCUAUUUUAGAUGUCAGCUAGCACAAGUGUGAAAUCACAAGUAAAUUUCUCUUCAUUACUAUCUCUUUCAGAUUAUUUUCAAUAGACAUGUUAAACAUAUCCUUUGUAGACAAACUCAUGUUUUAAGAAUUGAAGUUAUAUUUUUUACUUAUAUUGAUUUAUGGGAACAGUUCAAGUAAAAAUCACCAAGAAAAACACUUUUCUUGAAACGGAAUUGCUUAAAACUGCACAUGCAAGAUGAUGACAUAUGGUUUUAGAAGGUAUUUGAAGAAAAAUGCUGGAAAUUUUUCACAACUAAUGAGCUCUAUAGAAAUAUUAAAUAUGGUGACAAAGUUUUUGCAACAUGGUAGGUGGAAGAAAAUCUGUAAAGUAACUUUAAAAUUAUUUGUCCUCAAAAUGUCAUUUGGCAGCAGAAUCAGCAAAACAAAAUUACUUCUAAUGCAUAUACAAAACAUGACUGGGCUGGUGUAAGUAAAGUUCACCCGUAAGUGCAAUAAAGUAAACAAAUGUUUACCUGUGACAGUUUGCUUGUGGGUUAGUCACAAUAUUAUUAACAAUAUGCUUUAAAACCUUAUAAAAUAGCAACCAAAGAAUGCAGAAAGUAUGAAAUUUAUACAUUACUUUACAAUACAGCCAUAUAUCAUUACUUGAUUAAACUUCAUUUAUAUGCAUGGGUACACUUGUGCUGAUAUUCAGAUUUAUUAUUGCACUCCAAAGAUGUGUAUUUUUCUUUGUAAGCCACAGUGUUCUUUACAAACAAAAUCUUCAAACAGUUUCACUUAAAAAAAAAAAAAGAAAAAAGAAAAAAAAAA